GGGAAGGGGGGAAGAAGAAGAAGACAAAGGCAGGAACAAAGAGCUCCAAGUCCAGCGGCUCGUGUUGGGCCAACAUGCCCCUGCCGCCCCCUCCCAUGCACCCCCUGCCGGGACGGAGGUGGACCACUACCACCCGGAGAACCACGGGGCGGGGUACAACAAUGACAGCUGGGCCCCGCCCCUUCCUGUCCAGACGUACCUCCACCAGGGUCUGGGUGACGAGCUGGACGAGGAGCUCGUUCCCACGCCGCCCCUGAGGGGCGUGGCCUCCUCCCCGACGUCCGGCCCCUACAGCCAACCGCCGGCCUCGUCGCUAAGCUCCGCCCACCAGGAGGAGAUGCAGUCCAUGCUGCAGGCCCACCUGGACGAGCUCACCAGGGCCUACCAGUACGAGGUGGCCAAGCAGGCGUGGCACAUGAAGGGCAGCCCCCGCCUGGCCAAGGCCCCCGGGCCAGCGCUGGGCUUCAUGUCGGCCACGCUGGGGUCAGAGCUGGGCACCGCUCUGCAGUCCGAGGAGGAGGAAGAGGAGGACGAAGGCUACGGCAUGUCACGGAAACUCAGCGGCUUUGAGUACACUCCUGGACGCAGCGUAGAUCACCUGGAUGGCUCAGGUAACGGCUUCUCCCAGCGCGGGCGUCCGGGGAGCUCUGGUUCUGUGGAGGGGGGGGCCCUGGGCUCCCACAGCCUGGGCCACCAGAGGGGCCCCCCCACGGGGAAGAAGGGCCGGGCGGAGACCGUGGGGACCCUGCCCAGGAGGAGAGACACCAGCUCAGAGGGGCCCCCCCUGGCCCAGGACCCUCUCCACAGUGUGGGGGCCCGUCUGCAUGGCCAGUGGGCUCCUGGGGCCUCGGGCCCCCCUGAGGAGUGCAUGGUGUCCACCCUGGAGAGGCAGCACCUGGCCCCCUGGACAGCCCCCUCCAGGGGCACCCUGGGGAGAGGGGGCCACCACAGACCAGAGCACCGCCCCAACGGGCUGCCACCGGCCAGUGGCACGGACAAGACCUACGGGGACCGAUAAUCUUGGUGAUGAUCUGACCCCUUCAGUGAUGCCUGUCCCAGGACAACUAGUCGAUAAGUGCAAUGAGAUUUCCCUCUGUGGAUGACCCAGGACGGAGAGAGAUGGUGGAGGGAGGAUGGAGAGAAGUAGAACGAGGAGAGAGAGAAGGGGGGAAUGAGAAGCUGUAAAUGUGAUGUACAGUAGAGACUCAAGGACAUCGUCACAGUGUUCUUUCUGCAGUGCUGUGUCCCUCCCUCCUACUAAAGAUUAUGUCACCUUUCUCCCUGUGUCCCCCACACACGAUGUACAAACUCACUUCUACUGAAGCAAAACGACAAAUCACACGUUCAACUGUUGACCGAUGAAAGUGAAAGGACUUGCGUUUCUUGUAAAUAUGUUUAUUUUUCUUUUUGUAUUCCUCAUUUUUCUUUGCUUUGCUAUGCAAGCCAAAAUCUGACAUUGAAGUUGUUUAUUUUUUAUUGUGAUCUUACAUAGUGAUGGACUGUGGUACCACAUUUGUUUUGUUUAGGGGUUUUUUUCAUAAAUGCUUGAAAAUGUUUGCUUAAAAUGUUGAAUGGAGUUACCGUAAUGUAGUUUAUUUUGCACAGAUUGUUUUGGUGACGAUAAGCACAAACUGACCAGCCCUCUCCAAACUAGGGGACUGAAGCCAGGAGAAGGAAGGGCUUCCAUGCUAUUAGCAAAACAGAAGAAAUAUACAGUAAUAUAUGAAACAGUGCAAGCUUAUGAAAGAUGUAUUGAGAGAUUUAAGAAACCAUGGAAAAAAAAAAAAGAAUGAAAAAAAAAAACUGCUGCCACAAGAACGUUUUUCACAUGGAUUUUGUUUUUACAAACCAAAUCUUGAAAAAAGAGGCUAAGGGGGCCGUUGGACAUUGCGUACUGUACAUGUUUACUACCU